UAACACUGGAUGUCUUUCCCAGUGAAGCUUUUAUUUACGACAAAAUUAGUAUGUCUGCCUGCCGUUGGUCGCCCCUAUAGACUCAGCGACUGACUUGCAAAUUGUCGGUAGGGGGGCUAUUAUUUUAUUUUCAACAUAAGUUCUGUAUUUUCCUGUUUGGGCUUUCGUCGCGCUCUUAGAAGAAAAUUCUUUUUAUGUUGCGUGAUCUCCGUCUGUGUGCACUGCAGUGGUGCGCAGCUUGGUCUGAAGGAAACACCUGUGUGCCUUCUUUUCUGCUCUUCUGUGGUCACAUUCUGAAUGUUGAGCAGAUAUGCUCAAUGAUGUUCAUGUCUGGUGACUGGGCUGGCCAGUCCUGGAGGAUCUUGAUUGAAGUAUGCGAUGAAGCACCAUCCUGCAGCAGAAUUUGUCCCUUUUUAUGGUUAGGAAUAGGCAGAACUGUUUUGGAGCGGCAGCGCGCACCCCUCCCUCUCCUGUGUGUGUCAGUGACGCUAUUCUGCUAGACAGCUGGUGUUCAACACAGGCAAACCAAAAAAGAAGCACUCCAAACAAAAGAGAGCACAUAUCCUCAAGGCGAGGCGUCUGUCUUCAAUUACGUGAUAAAACGGGAGCAGGAGCAGCGCAAUCACCAUGAGCCUGAAAGCAUGCACGGAGAGAGAGUCCCUCUUUGCCAAGAGCUGAAAUGUUAGGAUUCGAGGCCGUUGGUGUCAGAUUAAAUCAGCAGACUGUUUACAUUCAAGACUGUCGCAUUAGGAGCUGCUUGACACAAGACCCUUUGUGUGGUUUGAUGCUGCUCCCAAUCCAGACAAAGACUUGCUAACUCUUAUCAGCAUCUCCAUUCCUCUGUGAGAUUCAGCCUUGUGUCGCAAGCCCAGAUGGAGUGGUCACUAGAGAGCGUGAGGGAGAUGGUGGCCGGAGGGAUGCAGUCUGUAAGAGAGUGUGAGACUUGUGCUUGUGCCACUGUGGGGUGUGUCGUGCUGCUGUUCUUGUGGUAUUGCUACAGGGUUGGCCGUGAUCAUAGCUCGAGUCCGUUGCGAGGAAGGUAUCUGACUGGGCCCGGCAGGAUCGGAGGGGUGGUAGGGGGCUUCAUUGGCUCAGACUGUCGUAAUAGGGGCAAAGGGAAGUCCGGCUCCAUGUUAGAAGACCAGAACGGCUUUGCUUUUUGCCAGUCGUCAGAGUGUUUCCGCUGCACCAGUGCUGGAGAAAGUCUAAACCAGAGGCUUUAUCACAGCCUACAGGAAUACGCCAAACGCUACACCUGGUCCGGUAUGGGCAGGGUGCACAAAGGAGUUCGUGACCAAGGGCGGUACCUUAACAGCAGGCCCACCAUCCAGCGGCCUGAAGUCUUUUUCCUCCCCGACUUACCAUCAGCUCCAUUCUUCUCCAGGGAAAUUCAAAGACAUGAUGUGGAACUCCUGGAGCAGAGCUUCCCCACCCUUCUUGCUGAGUUUGAGAGCAUCUACAAUCAACCUCCAGCCCGCAGUGGAUCUCCCCUACCUCCGGGAUGGAAAGCUAACAACACACCUCGUGGCCAGUGGUGGACCUACUACCUGGUCAACCAAGGAACUCCUCUGGUACUUAACGUCAGGAGGUGUCCACGGGCAUGGAGGGUGCUGGGCCAGCUGCGUACAUUCAUCGCCAAUAACGUGUUCGGAAACGCCUGCUUCUCCGUGCUUUCGCCGGGAGCUCUAAUUACAGAACAUUAUGGGCCAACAAACGUGCGGCUGCGCUGCCACCUGGGUCUCCGGGUGCCGCCCUCCUGUGAGCUUGUCGUUGGUGGAGAGCCGCAGUGCUGGUCUGAGGGGAGCUGUCUGCUUUUUGAUGACUCUUUCCUCCACAGGGCUUUUCACGAGGGAAAUGCAGAGGAUGGUGUCAGGGUGGUCUUCAUGGUGGACCUAUGGCAUCCUAAUGUCGCCGCAGCUGAGAGGCAAGCCUUAGACUAUAUUUUCACUCCAGGCCGGCUAGAGGAGAAGGAAGGAAAAUAGCUGACUAUAUGUAAAGAAUCAUGUCCAAGCACAAGAGAGAUCAUCUGAGAAACUGAAGAAAUAUUGGUUGAAUAUCUGUUUUAAACAACUGCAUAAAGCAGCUCAUUUUCAAAUAUUUACAGUGAGGCUUUAAUCUGUCAAAAUAUACGAUCAAAUACAUUUGAAUGCUCAACUGUAUAUUUUGACAUUUGAUAUUUAACUGAUAUAAUCACUCUUGCACCAGUGAUUUCAAGUGCUGACUUUGGUCACAUCAAUCCAUAAAUAUGUUUGAUAACAGGGGUCUUACAUCAGCCAUUACAUGAAUGUUUACAGAGAUAUUGCAGCUGAGGUCAUAACUCCUGCAACUGUUGUUGCCUAUUUUGCCCAAAUUCCUCACCUGCUUGUACAAGACAUGGUUGAAUAAGCACAUUUUUUGUUAGAUUGUAUGAAUCAAACUGUGCAUAUAAAAUGGAGGUGAAUCAUUUUUGUUAAAUUUGCUAAAUUAUGGUAAUUUGGUUGUAUUUGAUAUUACAUUUGUAUUGUAAAUAUGUAGGACUUCAGUGAAAAAGUUGGAAAAAUAGUCUGAAGUGUUUUGGAAUAAUGGUCUUCAGUGCUUGUAACUAUCGUGUCGUCUUGAGUUUAUUAAUACGCCAGUCCAAACACUGCUGAUUGCACUUGAUUCAUUCUGUAAAAUACUCAUGAAGAUUGCUAGACUACUUUUGAAGGAUAUUUUAUUUAUUUUAUGUUAUGCAUGAAAUGCUAACUUCCAAUAAUACAGUAUGUUUGUGUAACUUUAAUCCAUACUUGGAGCUGAUAUAAAAAAGUUUACAUUUACUAUGCUGAAAGACACAAAUGCUUUUUUUGUCUCACUGACUUAAAAUCAGUCUGAACGUCCCUGUUUUCGGUGUCCAGGAGAUCAACAUACUUUGGUCUGUAAUGUAUCAACUCAUAAACAAGAUUGUACACUGUGUCACGUUCCCAAAUGAAACCAUUAUAGUACUCUACCGAUAUGGGGUGAAUGGCCACUCUGCCAGUAAUAAUCUAUUAAUAUAAAUCUGAAAAACAUUACGAUUUGAAAAUGCACAAUGGAACAAAGACAAGUACUUUAAUUUUUGAAGACAUGCCCAGUGGUCUGAUAAAAGUAAAAGUGUCUGGAAAUAAUGAGAAUCAUUACAUUUGGUGGGAAAGUAGAGGAAGUUUGAAAGCCUGAGACCGCCAUCCGAACUAUAAGCUAAAGAGAUGUCCGUUAACUUUUUAACAAGUAACCGAUAUCCCAAUAUUGUCCAAAGCCAAAAAUCCGAUACCGAUACAGUGAGGAGCAGAAGUAUUUGAACUCCUUGUGAUUUUGAAAGUUCACCCACUUAAGAAAAUUGGUAGAGGUCUGAAAUUCCAAUCAUAGAUGCAUUUCCACUCAGAGACAUGAUCUGAAAAAAAUCCAGAAAUCACAUCGUAUGUUGUUGGUUUUUUAAAAUAAUUUAUUUGUAAUUUACUGGGGUACUUAAGUAUUUGUACUCCUGAGAAUUAGCAAUAAUUAUGACACUCAGAGUUGUCAGCCUACCUUAAAAGUCCACCUUUACCCCAUGAGUAACCACCCACCCCUCACCAGUUUGAACUCAUUAUUGUCACCUGUGCAACCAACAGUCAGUCAUAAUCCAACUGAUACCAUUGGCAAGACCAGAGAGCUUUCAAGGGGGACCAGAGAAAAAAAAAUGUUGGAAAGCAGCUUGGUCAGAAUAAAUCAACAGUUGCAGCAAUCGUUAGAAAAUGGAAAAGCUAAACAUGACUGAUAGUCUACCUUGGGCUGGGGCUCCAUGUAAAAUCUCUCCUCGUGGGGCAUCAAUCAUGAUGAAAAAAGUGAGGGCUCAGUCUAGAACUACACGGCAGGAGCUGGUCAAUGAACUGAAGAGCGCUGGAUGCAUAGUUUCAAAGGCUACUGUCAGUAGAACACUACGGUGCAAUGGUUUAAAAUCAUGCAUUGCUCAGAAGGUUCCCCUGUUGAAGCCAGUACAUUUGAAGGCCCGUCUAAAGUUUGCAAGGGACCAUCUGAAUGAUGCAGAGGGGUCAUGGGAGAAAGUCAUGUGGUCAGAUGAGACCAAAGUAGAACUUUUUGGAGCAAACUUUACCCAUCGUGUGUGGAGGAAGAACAAGGAUGAGUACAAUUCCAAGAUCACCAUCCGUACUGUGAAGUAUGGGGGUGGAAACCUCAUGCUUUGGGGCUACUUUUCGGCAAUGGGACAGGAAGACUGUACAGUAUAAAGCGGAGGAUGAAUGGUGAAAUACAUCUACAGAUUUUUAGCCACAAUCUCCUUCCCCCAGUCAAAGCCUUGAAGAUGAAUCGUGGCUGUAUCUUCCAUCAUCACAAUGAUCCGAAGUACACAGCCAAGCUGACCAAGGAGUGGCUGCAUAAAAAGCAUAUCAAGAUUCUGGAGUGGCGUAGCCAGUCUCUAGACCUCAAUCCAAUAGAAAAUCUUUGGAUAGAGCUGAAACUUCCAAAAAACCCCUGUUUCCAUAUGUGAAAACUUGGUGAAGAACUACAGAAAGUGUCUGAACUCUGUAAUUGCAAACAAAGGCUUCUGCACAAAUUAUUAGCACUGAUUUUUCAGGGUUACAGAUACUUAUUAACCCCAGUAAAUUACAAAUAAAUGAUUGAAAAAUCAUACAAUGUGAGUUCCAGAUUUUUUUAGAUUAUAUCUCUAUAAAUGAAAAUGUAUCCAUGAUUGAAAUUUCAGACCUCUACCUGUUUUCUAAGUGGGUGAACUUGCAAAAUCACAAGGGGUGCAAAUACUGUACUUCUGCUCCUCACUGUAUUUGCGGUCAUGGAUUUAACAUAUUAUGGCUAAUUAUAUGCUGAUCCCCUACUGGAUGCUUUAAUAAUAAUGCUCAUAUAACAAAUCCCAAGCAUCUUAGUUUGGAGGCAUUUAUUGGUUAAAAGGCAUAACUGCUGUGCUAAACUGUGACCAGCCCUUGUACAAAGGCAGAAGGCUUCACCAUUCACUUUGAAGGCGACGUGCAUAUUGGGCCAAAACCAAUAAUGAAAAACCGAUGUACUCAAUACUAUUCGAUAUGAUUUUUAAAUGCUUUGAUUGGCCAAUAUUAUCAGCUACCCGAUAAUAUCGGACAACUCUAGUAAAAUUUGUGCGUGGCAGCAACAGGUUAUAGGGUUAAAGUGCAGACACACUUUACCAAUUAGGUGACAUAAUGAAAACGUGUUUAACAAAAUCCUCUCGUUAUUCUAGCAUUUACUAAAUAGAAAUGAAUUUGGUAAUCCUAAUUGACCUACAACAGGAAAUGUAUUUUUUAUGUGAGACAGUAAGGGGGCGUUUCAACCAUAUGUACAUCAUACCUUAUAUGUGCUGUUUAAAAGGGCCUAUUUUUUUGCACAUGAAGAGUAAUCUAAAACGGCUUUGUGUUGUUUGCUGUCUAACACUGAUGUUUACAAAAGUCUAAGAACAAGGGCACUCACAUUGAGCUGUCUGUUUUUAAAUGUUGAUAUAUGGAUGGUGGUCGUCAACAUUAUAAAGAAGAGCAUAAUUAUUAAAGUUUAUUGUGUAGAUUUCAUGGUGGAACAACAUUGUGUUUACAUUUGGAUUAGGGACAGUAAUCUAUGGGAUACUGCGACCUCUGCUGUUUAAAUUGAUAAUUACAGGACACUGGUGCCUACUGCUGUUGCCAUCGACGUGGCAAUGAGCUGCAGAGAGAAACUAUUUAAAGGACUUUGACAUGUUGAGGAGAUGAGAUUUUGUAACGUUAUAGUGCUGCAGUCUGAGCUUUCUGGCAGACAUAGCAGGUGUUGAGUAAUGCAUGUGUGAGUAGGACAGUGACAGUGCCUUCAAAAGUCUUUCCAAACAACUUUUGAAAUUGAUUAUGUCUUAUGAUAUCUAUGUGUGGUGAGUAUUAGCCAACAACAAGUUUGGUGGGAAUAUCAACCAUCUGUAAACCAUCAAUGUUGUUUUUUACGCAGUUCUAUUUCAAAUAUUCCUGAUAUAUUGCUUCCUUGUGUCAAUUUUCAACAGUGUUUCUGUACAUUUAAUAAAUGGUCAAGAGCAUUGCUGUAUUAAUGAAGCAGUUGUCAUUUCUUUAUUUAAAAGUCACAUUAUUUACA